AUGGAACUCAACCGAGAACAUUUUCGCGCCAUAAUUUAUUACAACUUUCAGAGACAAUUAUCGCAACAAGAAUGCCUUGCUGAGUUACUGUCUGUUUUCGGCAACGAAGCGCCACGUCAGUCGACAAUUUCCCGUUGGUAUGGAGAAUUCAAACGUGGACGGGUGAGUCUUAGCGACGAUCCCAGGGUGGGUGCACCAAAAACGGCAAUUGAGGCGUCCUGGAAGAUCUCAAAGACCUCAAUUCAAAAAAUUUUACAUGAAGAAUUAGGAUGGUGUCAAAAAACGCUUGACCGUUUGAAUUCCGGAACCUCAAAAAAUGUGUACAGCAUUGUUAGUGGUGACGAGUCGUGGAUUUACUGUUAUGAACCAGAAAAUAAACGACAAUCGGCUGUUUGGGUGUUCCAAGGUGAAGAAAAGCCAACAAAAGUCAUCCGUUCUCGAAGUGUUUCGAAAAAGAUGGUCGCGACAUUUGUGUUAAAAGCGGGAUAUAUUGCAACAAUUCCUCUUAAUGACCAAAUAACUGCUACUGCGGAUUGGUAUACCACCAUUUGCCAAAAAAUCAUCCUCCACCAAUACAAUGCAAGCUCGCACACAGCCCAAAAAACAAGGCAGUACUUAACGGAAGAAAACGUGGAAAUAUUGGAACAUCCUCCAUACAGUCCCGGUCUAAGUCCUAACGAUCUCUUUACUUUCCCGAAAAUUAAAAACAGACUGCGUGGUCAAAGGUUUCAGUCACCAGAAGAACCAGUUGACGCAUUCAAAAAUGCCGUUUUGGAUCUGCCAGCAAGCGAGUGGAAUGAAUGCUUCAAAAAUUGGUUCGAGCGCAUGCAGAUGUGCAUUAAUCUUCGUGGAGAUUACUUCGAAAAACAAUAA